GUAAUGUACGGAGAUAUAAUAUUCAUUUGAAUUUAUCAUGAGUUACACGGAAUACAGCAUGAACGAUAUUGUGCCCGAUGUGGUGGACGUUGUACCGCCUGGCAAGCUGAUGGCCAUUUAUGCGGAAGAUAUAACCGUUAAGCCUGGAAAUAAGUUGACCCCCACUCAGGUGAAGGAUCCGCCUCACAUCAGCUGGAUAGAGGACGAUGAUGGAACCUCACUGCAUACACUGCUCAUGGUAGAUCCGGACGCGCCGUCGCCUGAAGAUCCCAAGUUUCGCGAAGUCUUGCAUUGGUUUGUAAUCAACAUACCAGGGCAGUUGGUGGAGGAUGGCCAAAUAGUGGCCGAGUAUGUUGGCGCGGGACCUCCCAAAGAAACCGGGUUGCAUCGCUACGUUUUCCUAGUUUUUAAGCAGAGUCGUGAGAUCAAGGAAGAACUCUAUAUAGACAAAUUCACGGGCAGUGGUCGCCUGAACUUUAAUACGCGGGUCUAUGCGAAUCAAUACGACUUGGGGUUUCCUAUAGCCGGAAACUACUUCCUUGCUCAGUACGAUGACUAUGUUCCCAUUCGUAAUGCCCAAUUCGUUGGCUAGCCAUAAUCUUGUUAAUCAUGCUAUGUACAACGACGAGUCUUGCCAUUAUCGCUAUCUACCUAAGUGGGUAUUAGGCCAAAAGUGCACACACAUGAUUACACACACGAGUGAC